AUGGCCUUGCCUUUCUCUCCCUCUUCUUCCUUUCCAAUAAUUGCAUCCCAAAAAUCCACUCAUCCCAACACCACCAAAUUCCAUAUUACUGAAAGACCCAUUAAUAUUUUCACAGAAAACGCCUUAAAAUUCACAUAUUCCAUUCCCAAAAUCACCAAUUCGACCUUCCUCAACAAAGCCUCCCAAGAGCAAGAAAACACCAGUGUUGCCUCAGAAUCCCAAACCCAGGAAAACCCUCCUGAGGAUAACCGGGUCGAGAAAGAUCAGAGUGAGGGAAUAUCAGAAUUGGGUAUGGAAAUCAAGAAGGCAAUGAAGGAGAGGGAGCAAAAGGAACCUGAUUUCUUGAGUGGGGUGGCAGAGGAAAUUAGGGAAAUUGAGUGGCCUGGUUUUAGUAAAGUGUUGGGAACUACUGGAAUUGUUUUGGGGGUGAUGGCAGGGUCGAGUGUCGUUUUGUUAACUGUUAAUGCCGUUUUGGCUGAGCUUUCGGAUCGGGUUUUUGCUGGAAAGGGUAUACAGGAUUUCUUCGGGUGA